UCUUGCGGGGGGCGCUAGUAGUACAAUUCGUUUUCCACUCAUUUCUUUUUUCACAUCACAGCUUGUUUAGCGCCUAGCUCGCUCGUUGUGGACGUUGUUUUUCGUGUAGUGUUUAUUUAGAUGGCUUUUUCUCAUUUAUAUUAGACAUUAGUACUAUUAUAUUUUAAAUUACUUUAACAUUAAAAUGUUUAAGAUAUAAAAUCAGUCGUUAGCAUGAUUUUCGUGCAAUAGUGCAACCUGUGCAACAGGCGAAUGAUCGUGUAAACAGAAGAGAGAACAUUGUGAUUUCAAAAUGCCUACAGACUCUGAAUGUGAGUGCGACUUAGUGUCAAAGGAAUGGUUGUUAGCAAAACUUCGCUCAGACGAAAGGGACACCAUCCUAAUAGAUUGUCGUGGUUCAAAUGAAUACUCUGUAUCUCAUAUAAGGUCUGCGGUGAACUUUUCUAUACCGACUAUAAUGCUGAGACGGCUAGCCGCAGGCAAGAUCGAGUUGUCGUCGACAGUACAGUGCAAAGAGUUGAAAGCCAGGAUCGUGCAUUGCCGAACGCGAGGUAUCUUCGUUUUGUAUGGAGACGGAGCCUCCAGGGAUGCGGAUUCUGUUCACGGCAUCUUGUUGAAGAGGCUUAAGCAAGAUGGUGUUCAAGUUGUAUGUCUUGAAGGCGAAUUUGCGGAGUUCCAUCGUUCGUAUCCGGAGUGGUGCAGCGAAGCAGGCGCACAGCAUGUACCUCAUCUGCCACUCAUGGGAUUACGAUCACUUCGCAUAUCCGGGUCUGGCUGUGAGGAGGGCCUGUCGUCCGGUUCAUCAUCAGAGUGCGAAGAAACACAUACCCAGGUCCAGCAGGAGUUCCCCAUCGAGAUUCUACCCAACCUGUACCUCGGCAACUCUACGAACAGCGAGGACUGCGACGCGCUCGCCAGACAUAAUAUAAAGUACGUACUGAACGUAACUCCGGACUUACCGAACACAUUUGAAGCUGAGGGCUGCGGCAUCAACUACCUCAAGAUACCGAUCGCUGAUCACUGGAGUCAGAACCUCGCCGUUCAUUUUCCACAAGCUAUACGGUUUAUAGAGGAGGCGAUGUCGGCUCGGUGCGGCGUGCUGGUGCACUGCGUGGCGGGCGUGUCGCGGUCGGUGACGGUGACGCUCGCGUACCUCAUGCAGCGACACCGGCUCUGUCUGCGAGACGCCUUCGAGCUGGUGCGCAGCCGCAAGACCGACAUCGCGCCCAACUUCCACUUCAUGCGUCAGCUGCACUCCUUCGAACGGGACCUCGGCCUCCACGAGCACAGCGCCAGCCUGAGUGCUGGAGGAGCUGGGCGUGCGUGAGCUGGGGGCGCGCGGCGAGGAGGCGGGCGCG